AUGUCCAACACAGCCGCAUCCGUCGUUAGUGUUGGAGCAAACCAUGUAUUCUCAUCAGGCCGGAGCUCGUCGAGGACCUUUCAAGACGGAUACUUCGAUUAUAACUUGUUGAAAUUCUUGGGCCUCGCCACAUAUUCUGGCGCGGAGAUCGGCGAGUGCUUCGAGACCGCGAGUCGAAUCGUUGAUGGCGACCCAGAGAGCUGGGUAGAGGCAUGGCUCUCUACUGCAAAGCGUGUCGAAGGGUAUGCGGACGAGGCGUUUGCCGGAGGUCACAAGGUCAGCGCGAAAGAGGCAUGGCUUCGAGCCACGACGUAUUACCAGGCUGCUUUCUUCUUUGUCCAGUAUAAAGAUCCUCGGAAGAAGCAGAUAUACGAGAAGCACACCAGCUGCUUCCAAAAGGCUGGCAAACUGUUCGAGCCGACGCUGCAGGUACUCUCCAUCCCGUACGAGGGCAAGUCUCUCUUCGGAUACUUCCUACGAGUGGAUGAUAAGCCGCGGCCGACUGUGCUGAUACAAAUGGGAGCCGAUGGCAGUUCAGAGCAGAUAUACUUCUCUGGCGGUGGAGCGGCUGCUCUUCGUCGUGGUUACAAUGCUUUGAUCUUCGAAGGCCCGGGUCAGACUGGCACGUUCAUGCGAGACCCCUCCCUGACCUAUCGCUUCGACUGGGAAGUUCCACUCAAGGCGGUCGUGGAUUAUGCUUUGACCCUGCCACAAGUCGACCCAGAUCGUCUCGCAUUGAUCGCAUAUAGCUUGGGAGGAUUCCUUGGACCUCGCGCUGUUGCAUUUGAGAAACGCAUUUCUGCGUGCAUUGUAAGCGGCCUGGUGCCCUCACCUUCUCAUCUGGCCGGAAAUCGCAUCGAGCGGAUAAAGGAAGCCGAUGGAAAGUACGACCACUCCCAGAAUUACCUCCUGUAUGAGCACAUGGCUAAGUAUGGCCUGAACAACGGAAUCGAGGACAUUGACGAGUUCGCCAAGUACUGGUCUUCUUACGAGCUGUAUGGCUUGGAGGACAAGAUCACUUGCCCGCUUCUCGUUCUGCAGGCUGCAGCGGAAGGAGAACAGAACGUCGCGCUGGCGAAGGAGUUCUUUGACAAGUUGCCGAAUCCCAAGAACAAGUUUCGAUUGACGGUGGAGGAUGAGGGCGCGGAGAUGCACUGUCAGAAAGGGAAUGCGAUGCUUCUGCAUGCAAUUGAGUUCGACUGGUUGGACGAUGUUCUUGCUUGA